AUGUUCAGCGCGCAAUACACCAGUACGGAGGUCCAACCUGCCGCUGACCAUGCUCUCCCUUAUAUCCCCCGUGCGGAAGGAAGGUUGGGAAAACCCAACUCCUUACUCUACUACCUAUCCCAACCUUCCCGUUCAACGAAAUUGGUUAAACGAGCUAAAAAUAUUAUUAAUAAUGAACCUGAUGUCCUUAAAUUCACAUUCAAUCAGACCUCAACUAUUAUUGGCGAUCUUGUGAUAAUAACAGGUGGUCCUGAUUCUACUCAUUUAUUUAUUUUAAACUCUACCUCGUUGAUCGUAAACGAACAGAAUACAAAUUUGCCCGUGUCGGGUCACGGGGCUGUGCCCAUACGUGGCUCAAAGAUUCUGAUAACGUUCGGCAUUCAAACUAUGACCCCACAGAAAAUUUUUGCUCCCCCGAUUCAACAAUUUAAUGUAAAUAAAACUGACAAUAUUUCUUUUCCCACUUAUGAAGGUGAAAUCCCUCAACUAAGAUAUUAUCAUACAACCACAAAAACUGACGAUGAUAAAAUCUACAUCUUUGGUGGUAUAAGUAAGAAAGAUGUGAUUCUGGGUGAUAUAUUUUAUUUGGACCUUAACUCAAAUAGUUGGAAUUUUAUAGAACAAAUUCCUCAUCCAAUCGCAGGUCAUUCAACAAUACAAGUUAAUAAUUAUUUAAUCUCUUGUUUUGGGAUUGAUGCGAAUGCAAAGACUACAAAUGGUUGUAAUAUUUUUGAUAUUUCCACCGAUACUUUUAUUCAACCGGAAGAAUUAAAUGACCCUCCAAUUCCUCGUACAUUAUCUUCAAUGGCAUCUUGUGAAAAUAAUAAAAAUGUCAUCUACAUAUUUGGUGGUAUGGAUGCAAAUGGUAAUGGAUUAAAUGACCUUUAUAAAUUGGACGUAUCAAAAGGACCUACAUUAUCAUGGUCUUCAAUAAAUGCAAAGACAACAAAUAAAACUUUAAUACCUUCUGGUCGAGGAGCUCAUAAUUCCCUCAUGAUUAAGGAAACCGACUUAAUGAUGGUUUGGGGUGGAAUAUCUAAAGAAAAUCAAUCAAUUGACCCGAUUCUUUAUUUCUUUAACAUUACAGGUAAUACUUGGGUGGAUCACGAUAAAACAAAACCUAUACAGUCAUCAAAUUCAUUAUCAGAUCAUCCAUCCGGUCAUCUUACAAUAAUCAUCGGAAUUAUUUGUGGUAUGGUUAUGAUUUUUGGAUUUGUAGGCUUUUUCAUAAUACGCAAGCGAAGAUUUUCAAAAAGAUUCAAGGAUAUAGAAAUUAAUAAUGACCCUUACUGUCAACCUAGAGAUCAAUUUGGUAGCGAUAUUGAUCUUAUCAAUGAUUUUGAAACCAAACAAGUCCAACAAAAUAAUUUAGAUGAACUGGAAUCAAUUCCUGAACCAUUAACUCCACCUCUUGCUCCAAUUUCAUCUUCACCACCAACAAAAAGUGAAAAAGAGUCUGAACCGUUAGAUAAAUUAGAUAAUUGUCAAACAAAUAAUUCUGUCACGUCAACGUCAACACAAAAAAGAAUGUCUUUUGGUAAAUUAGAAAGUCAAAAUGUUCAAAAGAAUGCCAGUUCAACAUCAGAAAUACUGCGUAUGAAACGAACUCAUAGACGUACUUCGUCAGUGUCUUUAACAUCUUCCGAAUUAGCGAAUAUCUCACGAGCUCAGAACUUUGCACAUCAUAAAUCAUCAUUAUCGGCAAGUAACAUCACAAGUUCAAUCAAUCGAUCGUCAUUAGGUGGUAACACACAACGAAGGUCAUCUUUAAGAUCAAGUGUUCUUCACCCUGUAUCUGAAAAAGGUACCGAAAUAGAUUAUCAAACCUCUUUUACUUUUAAUCAGAAAAGCAGUCAUGAUUCAAGAACUUCCGUUAGGUCUCUUCAGUGGGUAGCAUUUAAUAGCAAUAUGAUCAAUGAUAAAGAAGAAAAUCGAAACACUUUACAUGUACGAAAUUUGCCUUUUAAUCAACAAAAAAAUUAUUCAACAUAUCAUAAAAGUAGACAUUCAUCGGAUUCAUCAGAUGAAGAUAAUGAAGAAUAUGUCGUUCGUGGCGAUUAUAUAGAUACUUUUCCUGCAGUUAAGAAUAAAUAUAAUCGGAAUAUUUUUGAUCAUGAUGAGGCUGCGCAACUAAGAAAAAACGUUCCACAAAAUUCUACAAGCAAUAAUAUUUCUGUUAUUCCAGGACGAGAAGACAUUGAGAACCUUGCAGAAGAAUCAACUAAUGAAAAUAGUGAUGUUAAUAAAAAUUAUACUUCAAGCGAAAGUGGAGAUAUUGACAAAUUUGCUCAUGAGUCACCUUCAUCUAGUGAUAUUGAUCGGAAUCAAGAAAGAAGUAAUAGCAUGAAGAAAUCUAAGCGUUCAUCAAAAAGAAAUAGCAGAGUAUCAUUUGCACUUAAAGACGAAAAGAUUGAAUUUGAUGAAACUGAGUCUUCUAGUUCGGUUUCUUUAGCCCGUAUGUCAGGUCGUUCAUCAUCAAGUCAAAGUAGCACAUCAAGUAGUGCUAUAAUUGAGGAAGAAAACGAUAUUUAA